GAACCGGAAAGUGUUGGAUGUGAACUUGGCGCAAAUAGUUUUGCACUAGGAAUACCUUCAUACUUGCUAUGAAGCUCCUGUUCUAGAACCAGAAUGUUGGUAUCAUAAUACUCUGAAUUCGUUUCACUUCUUCAUUGACGUUUCGUGAGCGGUCCAGCCACGCCCGUGGGUGUCAGAGGAAAUAUAAAUUCACCUGCAGGACGCCUCCUGCACAUUCCUGAAUGCGGCUGAGAGGCAUCUAUUGCACAUAAUCUCCUGUCCAGCCGUCCGGUUGUCAUGGCGUCUGAGCGUUUUCCAAUCAGCAUCCGUCUAACCGGAGUCCUUCACAAGGAGAAGAACAAAAUGCACAUAACAUCUGUGCUUUGGUCGGAUCAGAAUGAAAUUGUAGUUUACAGAAGCUUUGAAGAUUUCAGAGAAAUGCAUAAACAGCUGAAGAAGAAGUUUUCCUCUGGAAGUAAAAUGAAAAAAUCUGACAGAAUCCUCCCUAAAUUUCCAAGCAACAAAGUGAAGCAGAAGAGCCAAGGCAAGGGGCCUAAUAAAUCACUGGCGCACCUUAAGUAUUUGCAGAAAUACUGUAAUGAACUCCUGAGCUGUGAUCAACAUGUCUCACAGUCUGCUGACCUGGCAAAGUUCUUGCAACCAAAUGAGAAAGAGCUAAAACCAGAGUUUACCAAAAACAGCAUCAUCAUCAUGCCCUCCGAGGACGAGAUCAGGAGCUAUGGGAGACAGGACAGCAGCGGUAAUGUGACCCAGCCAUUUGUCACAGAGACCUACAGAUGUAUAGCCCUAUAUGAGACCAAAGACAUCAAAAACAAACCUUUCAAAGUAGCUGUGAAUGAGAUGCUUGACGUUCUUAUCAAAGACAAAGCAGGGUGGUGGCUUGUAGAGAACGAGGAGAAGAGGAUGGCCUGGUUUCCUGCACCCUACCUGGAGAACCUAGACGAUGAGGAGGAUGAAGAGGAAGUGCAUGGUACACCAUCAAAAGGGAUGCUCUACACGGUUGUCAAGAGCUACAAUUCCAACAUAGUGGAUGAAGUAAGCGUGAACAUUGGUGAAGUGGUCGAGGUCCUGCGGACAACGGAUAAUGGCUGGUGGCUCAUAAGACACAAAGGAAAAAUGGGCUACGUCCCGUCUCUGAACCUGCAGCCCUACAUGUACCCUCGGGUUCAGAUGACGUCUCAGAGUAAUGUCCAAAACUCCUCUUCUCUCCUGCCCCCCUCCUCUACCUUACACCAUCGCCGUUCCUAUGGCAACCUGCCCCAGCAUCCUAACCCCAGUGCCAUCUCCACCAGCCUCAUCCCAACAGAAAGCAUCCACAGGUCCCAGUCUCUGAAUCAGUUGUCCGAGGAACCUUACGCUCAGCCUGCAGUGAGCCUCCCUGCUCCAGCAAAUAACCACCCCAUCUCCCCAACAUCUCCAGUGCAAGCCCCUCUUCCAGUCAUCCUGGCGCAGAGUGACGAAGAGCAGGAGCAGAACCGUCAGAUCCUCAGAGCAGAGUCGGUGGACAGCUUUGAAAGCGACAGCUUCAGCGAUGAUGCCCUCUCCAUGUCCGCCGGCUCAUCCCUCAACCGGAGCUACGGCGCCAACGACCAACAGCUGCGAUUCUGCCGCACGGCACAGCCCACGGUGUCCAACUGCCUCAGCCCAACGAGCAACCCUGAGGGAACUCUGGUACCCAGCGUCUCCGACCCGAACCUCUACAAGGGGCCCCGGCCCCCCAAGAUUCCCCCGAGACCCCGGGCCCAGGAUAUUCUCACCCACUGUUCCUCAGUCACCCGUAAGAACGCGACUAAAAGCAACCUGUCGCCAACUUCGACUGAAGUAACGGGUCGAUGAAAGUUAAAGCUCUUUGUUAUUGUUAUGCUAUUUUCCUCUUUUGCAUUAACUGUGCACACUGGUUUCUUGACUGCCUUGGAACAUAAAAAAACAAAAAGAUAUAUCCUUCCACUUAUGUGAUCAAUACUUUGAUUAAUAUAUAUUAAACAAACAAGUAACCAACAACUGAAUGUAUUUUGUCCGAAUGACGAGGUGCUUUAAGUUUUAUGUCUCCUCUCAUACCACAGAAUCCCCCAUCUGAUAUCUGUACAUAUUAUAUUCAGUAAAACUGUAGAGAUGAAAUGAAUAAAAUGAUCUUGUGGGUUUAA